GCUGAGGCUCUGCACGGUGACAGGGCGCUGCUCAGGCUCUGCAGGGUGCCUCCGAGGCUCUGCACUGCAGCCGCCGUUGUGAAUCAGCAUCCCCGGGACUGACAGUACAGGGCAGUGAGUGAGGCGCUGCAGCCGCCAUUGUGUUCCGGGCCUGGCAGUUGGGAGCCGGCGGCCGGUUGUCAUGGUGCCCGGGCCGGAGGUGACGUACAGGCGGGUGUCCUGCGCGGAUUGGAGAUAUGAGCGGCGGUAACGUUCAAUCCCGGCACACACACCGGCACACCGGGAGAGAGAUGUCCAGUGUCAGAUACCCCCGACCUGUGGGCAGCCGAUCAUGCCGGAAGAAGAUAAUAAAGAAGAAGGCCGCACAGCGACAGGAGUGGGAUAGUUCAGUCCAAGAUCUCACUGUUCACCGCGCAACCCCACAGGAACUGGAACAUCGACAUGAAAUCCACAAGUCGAAGAAUCAGUAUCAAGCCCAGCUGGAUCUUCAGAAGAGAGAACUGAUGAAGAAGAUGAGAAAGCAACAUGGCAGCUCCUCAGACCCCUGGGAGGAGAAACGUUUGGCCUUAAUGAUGGAGAUACUCUCUGAUCAGUACCAGAUGAAAGACGUCCUGGAGCGCUCGGACCGGACAAUGGCUGUGGUGAAGGAUCUCUUUGGAGACGCUCCCCGCAGGCGCACAGGUUUCCCCAAUGUCACCAUGGCUCCUUCCUACGACCUGGAUACGUCUUGUGGUGUCAUAGUACAGAGGAAGGACCGUCCCACCCAGCUGUCCAUCCUCAGCGAGAGCGUCAUGGACCCACAGGUAACCGGAGCACGGAAGCUGGAGGCUCUUAAUGAAGUGGAGGGGGCUCCGUCUGAGAGCAGCUUCGAUGAGGGGGAGAUCUCAGCCAGCUUCCAGCCUGGUCUCUGCACAGACAGGGCUUAUCAGAUAUUAAACAAGGAGAGCUUACUUCACACUCCUCAACACCCGUCCAACCCGUUUGUUACACCGAAAAGCACAGGUCACCCUCCAAGUGGCCAGAUAGCGUUGAACGCCACAGAAGCGGUAACCAAGAUGAAGACCCGCCUUACAGGGGAGGAACAAGUACAGCCUGAUGGACAGAUUGCCCGGGUCCUAAACCCCCAGCCAAGAAACCCCAGUAAGCUAAAAAGAAAGAAGAACAGAUCUGCCAACGCUUCCUCCUACCAGAGACCGGAGGAGCGCCCUCUGUCCGUGGCCUCCGCCUGCGAACUGACAAGCUGCAGCAGCUCCAGCCUGGACCUUCUAAGUCAGAUCAUAAAAGAGGUGGAGGAGGAACUGGAGGACUAUGAGAGGGAAACCGGCCGGGAGGUAGCGUCGGUUCCACAAGCUCAGGGGCUGACCGGCUUCACCUUGUCUCUUGUGAGCUCUCUAAAGCGCUUGGUGUCGUACCAAAAAGAGAGCUACCACCAGCAGCGCCAGGAGGCUGCGGAGCGACAGCAGCUGAAGGAGGAGCUGCAGGAGCAGCGGCUGCUGAUAGACGCGCUAACAGCUGAGAUCAUCUCCAUGAAAGAAGGCAGCUCCGUCUCUCCGUCCGGUCUCCAGCCCGUGCCGGAGCGCUCGCAGUCCCUGACCAGUGAGACUAGGCGGAAUCUUCGGGCUGACAAGGAACAGGUUAAAGCUCUGACUGGCUCGCUGUCCGCCCAGGUGCUGAGCUUCAUGGCUGAGCUUGGUUUGCAGGAUGCAGAGGAAGAUCAGAGCGGCUCAGAGGUGCCCCCUAGUGUUUGUCAGGCAACUGCUGCAGAGAUGAAAUCUAAACUACAAGCCAGGGAGGAGCGUUGCGGCUACAGUUUCCAGCCCGCCAUCAUGUUAUCGCCGCCCAGGCAGACAACCCAGCGUGAUUCCCGUCACCGGUCAUCCUUGGUUACAGGCACCCUUGGCGCAGCUCCUUCACCGCCCACCAACACAGUGGCUCCCUGUGCCAAACCCAAAGACUGCCUGGCAUCCAGUAAUUGCCCCGGCUUGGUUGAAGCUAGCAUCCCCGCACAGAGGUGGCAGUUUCAGCAUGACCCUCCCAAUGUGCCUCAGCCUUCCUACCCUUCAUCCAGUGCCAGUCAACCGCAUGACCCUCACAGCGACCUGCAGGACUCGGAAGACGAGGACAUCACCAGCAGCCGCCUGAGUGAUAGCGUUGUGGCCCGGGUGGCUGAGCUGACUACGCAGAACAACUUGUUAAAGGCUAAGCUGGCCCUAUUCAAUAGUGAUAGUCCUUUAUACCCCGAUGACAAAAGCUCUGUGUCUGUGCAGAGCCCUAUGACUGCAGAAAUGAGGAUCGCAGAACUGAACCGGCAGAGCGCAGAGGCCCGAGAGAAGCUCCUUCACCUCAUUGAGCAGCAGAAGCGGACGGUGGCCGUCUCUCCAGCGAUCUCUCCCAUCACCCCCCAAUGUGAGGAUGCAGGGCUAAGAAGUCGGAGAGUAGAUGCUGUGAUCCCAUUCGCUCGUUUGUCAGAUUGCUCCAUCGGGGAGACCCCAUCUCCAGCCAGCGGGGACAGCGGAAAGAGAUCGAGUGCAUCCCACAGAUCCGGCUCCUCCAGGGGAGGGAGGGCAUCGGCGGAUGGGCACCAGGUAAAGGUUGGAAAGGAGAAGGAGGAAGGCUGGUUUGCGCUGUCCACGCACGUUUCCUGACUCUCGUCUCGCCAGUGUUCUGAGUUCUGUGUGAAUGAUCAUGUUUUAUCUAUGUCCGUGCUGAUGUUCCUGUUUAUGAGUUUUGUAAUAAAUUAUUUGAAUUAUU